AUGGCCAGUAAAGCUUGGCUGCACGGCUACUGUAGCUUGUCGACCCAAGCAGCUACUUUCAGGCUAGGUUUUCCUGCGAGCCAAGCAGAAUCUGCUUGGCAGCCAAGAUUCCUAAUCGUUGAUAUUUUCAUUUUUGUUUCAGUUACUUGUGGAGUUGGAGUAGAUUUUGCUUUUUAUGGACACCAACUUGGUUUUUACGUUUUGGAUAAUGAAAACUUCGAAAUUUGCUGCUGGUCUUUAACACUUGCGACUAGAAGUGGCUGGCGCAGAGUAUUAUUUUAUCUUCCAAUAGCUUGUCUUCUGGCUUGGGAAUCCUACGAGCUCUGGCUUGCAUUUUUUGACGCUGGAUUACUUGUAAUUUUAUCAAUGAUUCAUUGUGCACUAAACAUAUUAAACAUUCAGUUUGUGGGUCAAGCUCAACAAGCAUCAAAUUCAAUGAGUGAAAGUCUUUUACACCCACCACUGAGCUGCUACAAUCAGUUUGAUGAGAUUUUGGUAAGUGAAAAAAAAGGUAGGGCUGACCUUCGCCGGUUAGCACGCCCCGAAGAAGACACUAAAAUGAAGAACAUCGAUGAAAAACAAGUACCCCAGGCGGUCACCUCUCUGAGGGAAUCCGUUGGCAGUUCCAAUGCCACAGUCCCUACGGAUUCUAAGGAGUGCUACAAAUUAUAUAAUCCUUUUUAA